AUGGAAACUUGGUUUUGGAUUCUUGGUUGGAUUCUUUCCAUUUUGACGAUAGCUGGAAAUGGUUUCACCGUACUUCUUGUGGGCAUUCGGCGUCGGCUUCGCACCAAAACCAACGCGCUAAUCGUUUCACUUGCGGUGGCAGAUUUCUUUGUUGGGGUGUUCGCUUUUCCUUCACUGUUCUUCUGUGAAAUUAGAGGUGGCUGCAACUGGCCUCGACCCUAUGCGUCCUGGGUGGAAUUUACAAGGUGGCUCUUUGCGUGCGCCUCUAUAAUGAACCUGUGCAGCCUCGUACUUGAUCGGUAUAUGGCUGUCGUAAAGCCACUGAAGUACGUCAACUUCAUGACUGCUCGACGUGUCAUCCAGCUAACUUUAAUUUCUUGGGUUUUCCCUCUUUGUCUUGUAAUUUGUUCUGUUUUCAUGAGUUUAUAUUUAACAUCUUCGAUACGUAUGAUAGUCUUAGCCGUAUGUUGUGCGAUCCUCGAUAUUUUCUCCAGCUGCAUGUUAAUUUUUUGUUUUAUUUCCAUGGUAACAGUAAUAUACAAGCAAACCCGAUCAUCCGCCAUCUUGGCAAAACAGCUUCGUUUCAAUCACCGAGGUUUGACAUUCAACAAAUAUGACAAGUCAGCAGUUGUAAUGUUGGCAGUUGUGGUUGCCUUCGCUCUAGCUUCUUUCGCAACUUACUUGCGCUGUGACUUUCUUCAGUUAUUAGGAAAGCAUAAAACUCAAGACUUUUCAUGUAAAAGUGACUUUAAAUUUAGAAUACCUAUGUUGGUUCUGAACUCUGCAAUUAACCCUCUGGCAUAUGCUUUCUUCAAGCGUGACAUUAAGAGAGCCUUAAAAGGGAAAUAG